CCCGCCCACCGCCGGGCAGCGCGGCCGCCGAUUGGCUAGGAGAGGGACGCGGCCCGCCCCCGGCGCGCUGCCAUUGGCUGCGAGCGCGGGGCGCUGGGUGUCAUUGCCCGGGGGGUCCCAAACAGUGCCAGUGGCGCCGGGAGCCCGGCAGGUGUGUGCCCAGGAACGAUGGCAACAGAGUCCCCGCGCCGCCCCAGUCGCUGCACUGGAGGAGUGGUGGUUCGCCCUCAAGCUGCCACGGAACAGUCGUACAUGGAGAGUGUUGUUACCUUCCUCCAAGAUGUUGUGCCACAGGCCUACAGUGGAACCCCACCAGAAGAAAAAGAGAAAAUUGUCUGGGUCAGAUUUGAAAAUGCUGAUUUAAAUGAUACAUCCAGGAACAUGGAAUUCCAUGAAAUCCACAGCACUGGGAACGAGCCCCCGCUGCUGCUGCUGCUCGGCUACAGCGAUGGGAUGCAAGUCUGGAGCAUACCUAUCAGUGGGGAGGCUCAGGAGCUGUUCUCGGUGCGGCACGGGCCGGUUCGAGCCGCUCGGAUCCUUCCAGCUCCUCAGAUCAGUGCUCAGAAAUGUGAUAAUUUUGCUGAGAAGAGGCCUCUGCUUGGUGUAUGCAAAAGCAUUGGAUCUUCUGGCACCAGCCCACCCUACUGCUGUGUGGAUCUGUAUUCCCUGAGAACAGGAGAGAUGGUCAAGUCCAUCCAGUUCAAAACUCCUAUUUAUGACCUGCAUUGCAAUAAAAGGAUCCUCGUUGUGGUCCUGCAGGAGAAAAUCGCCGCCUUUGACAGCUGCACUUUCACCAAAAAAUUCUUCGUUACCAGCUGCUAUCCUUGUCCAGGGCCAAACAUGAAUCCCAUUGCUCUUGGAAGCCGUUGGCUUGCUUAUGCAGAAAAUAAGCUGAUCCGAUGCCAUCAGUCCCGUGGUGGAGCCUGUGGAGACAACAUUCAGUCUUACACUGCCACAGUCAUUAGUGCUGCCAAAACAAUAAAGACUGGGCUGACAAUGGUGGGGAAGGUGGUGACACAGCUGACGGGGACGCUGCCAUCGGGAGCCACCGAGGAGGAAAUCCUGGCUCACAGCAACCUCCGCAGGAGUCCCCUGGUGCCUGGGAUUGUCACCAUCAUCGACACCGAGACGGUGGCAGAGGGACAGGUCCUGGUGAGUGAGGACUCGGACAGCGAUGGCAUCGUGGCCCAUUUCCCUGCUCAUGAGAAGCCCAUUUGCUGCAUGGCCUUUAACCCCAGUGGGAUGUUGCUGGUCACCACUGACACAUUGGGCCAUGAUUUCCAUGUUUUCCAAAUCCUGACACAUCCUUGGUCAUCAUCACAAAGUGCCGUCCAUCACUUGUACACACUUCACAGGGGAGAGACCGAAGCCAAAGUACAGGAUAUCUCCUUCAGCCACGACUGCCGCUGGGUGGUGGUCAGCACGCUGCGAGGCACUUCCCACGUUUUCCCCAUCAAUCCCUAUGGGGGCCAGCCCUGUGUCAGGACUCACAUGUCCCCACGGGUGGUCAAUCGCAUGAGCCGCUUCCAGAAGAGCGCGGGGCUGGAGGAGAUCGAGCAGGAGCUGACGUCGAAGCAGGGCGGACGCUGCAGCCCCGUGCCCGGCCUGUCCAGCAGCCCCUCUGGCUCACCCCUCCAUGGUAAAUUGAACAGCCAAGACACUUACAAUAACUUCACAAACAACAAUCCUGGCAAUCCUCGACUCCUGCCUCUCCCAAGUUUGACUGUGGUGUUGCCUCUUGCUCAAAUCAAGCAGCCAAUGACAUUAGGGACCAUCACCAAACGCACAGGACCUUACCUGUUUGGAGCAGGAUGUUUUUCCAUAAAAGCUCCUUGCAAAUCCAAGCCAGCUCCACAGAUUUCACCCAGUAAGUCUGUGGGAGGGGAGUUUUGUGUCGCUGCAGUCUUUGGAGCUUCCAGGUCAUGGUUUGCAAACAAUUCCGGUCUCAAACGAGAAAAAGAUCAGUCCAAGCAGUUUGUGGUGGAGUCCCUGUACAUCAUCAGCUGCUACGGGAGCCUGGUGGAGCACGUCCUGGAGCCGCGGCCGCUCAGCACCGCGCCCAAGAUCAGCGACGACACCCCCCUGGAGAUGGUCACCUGCCCCAGGGCCAGCUGGGCUUUGGUCAGAACUCCUCAGUGGAAUGAACUCCAACCACCAUUUAAUGCAAACCAUCCACUGCUCCUGGCUGCAGAUGCUGUGCAGUACUACCAGUAUCUUCUGGCUGGCUUGGUGCCACCAGGGAGCCCUGGGCCCAUCACCCGGCACGAGUCCUACGACAGCUUGGCCUCCGACCACAGCGGGCAGGAGGAUGAGGAGUGGCUCUCACAGGUGGAAAUCGUAACUCACACUGGGCCUCAUCGCCGCCUGUGGAUGGGCCCUCAGUUCCAGUUCAAAACCAUCCAUCCCUCAGGCCAAACCACCGUCAUCUCCUCCAGCUCCUCCGUGCUGCAGUCGCACGGGCCCAGCGACACCCCGCAGCCUCUCCUGGACUUUGACACAGAUGAUCUCGAUCUCAACAGCCUCAGGAUCCAGCCGGUGCGCUCGGAGCCCGUCAGCAUGCCGGGGUCACCGCGGCCCGCGGCCGAGCGGCGCGGCGGCUCCACGGUCAUCGACGCGACGUCAGCUUCAGUUUUUCAAGAACUUCAGUGAAGAUCCAUCAGUGAAGUUCCACAUGAGGAAAACCACGUCUAGAAAAACCAGUCCAGGAUGUUUUGACAGCUCAGCUCAGGAAACUUUCUGCUACCAAAGAAGAGGUGGCCGAGUGAAAAAGCCUUCCCACGUGUGUUUCCAUUAACCUUUCUGCUAACAGGAGGUGCAUCUGAGAUGAAAAUGCCUCUCCACGUGUGUUUUUGUUCAACUUUGAGUGUCUGAAAGCGUUGAGCACUUCUGCCGGGGACAGGAAGGCUCGGGCCAGCACUGUGAAUCUCAUCAUUUAUUUUUCCUGAGCGCUGCUCCCAGCUCAGAGCUGGGGGGAUUUUAGCCCAGAGGGAAACACCGGGGCAGCACUGGGCACCCAUUGUGCUGCAGCUCGGGCCGGGGCGCGUGAAGCUGUUUGCAUAACGUGCUGCCUCCGCCAGGGUCAGCCCCAGUCUGCGGCCGCCAGAAAUGAAAAACAUGCCCCAACCGGGCCGAGAGCAGGGUCAACAGCUGGCAAAGGAUAUGGCAAUCAUUUAUAUAAAUAUGCUUUCUCAAGCCCGCAAAAACAAAAAACCCAAAGCCAACAGCUGGGAAGGGUUGGAAGUAGCCCCAAGGCUGGUUAGUUCCCUUCCAGAUGGGGAGGUUAGACCGGGGGUAGCCAGGCUGCUCCACAUAGACUUCCGAUUCGCAUUAGGAAUAAAAAGAGUGGAGGGAAGGAAAAAGGAAGAAAAGCUACAAGCAUGACUGCUCUGUUUUUCACCUAACUUAAUCAAAUAAGUGAAGAGUUUCCGAGACGGAAGGCUUGCAUUUAUUGGUAUUCACGCUGGGUUUUCUGUGUUUAUCACGGUGUCUGAUACACUCCUUAACUCUUUCAAAGGGGAGCAGAUAUAUUCCAGGGAAUAGUUUAUAUGUAAUGUCAUGGUCAUUUGUAGACAGAUUGAAGAAUCAUGUGAAGAUUUAUGCUCUGUUCAUGUUUUCUGACUGUUCAUAUCAUCAGAUCCAACAGGAGAGACAAAGAAGUUGCUGGUCGUGGCUUUGAGGUCUAAAUCACAGAUACAGUUUGUUCUUCCUACAAUUUGCUUUUACCUGUACCCAUCCUCUUAGCAUGUUUUGAUCUGCCCAGCCAAACCCUUGGCAUUAAAUGUUCUUUCCUUCAGCAUCGUUGCCAUCCACACGGUGAUGUCAGGGAAGGCCUUCCACAGUUGCUGCUGUUGUGUUUUGUGCUCAUGAAUUUUGUAUUCUGACUUUAGUUUCCUGCCAUCCUGACCAGUAGUGCCGGUUCUUUGAUGGUCAUGAUGUCAUUACUCGAGCAUCCAAGCUGCAAACUGGGAUUUCACUACUCCUUCAUUCCUGGGGAGAGGAUUUCUGUGCUGUCUGCUGCCCGUGCAGUGCAUAAAGUCCCUCACGUGUGGCUGAAGCUCUGUUCUCCAUCUGCAGUUGUCCCCGAGCCUGUCAGGGUUUGGAAACCAACUUGGGGUCACACAGAUUCAUCUUUUGGUUCUGUGAACAGUUAUUGGCAGGAGGGUUAAGAAAGCUCUCGAUAUCUGGGCAGCACUGAGCUCUUCUAACUGUGAAAUCACACAGCAGGGGAGAGAAGAAUUUUCAACCUCUGAGCAUUGAGACUAUUUACAGUGGGAAAUAAGAGGUAAAGCUUGUGUUGGCUGCGUGUAUAUAUUCAUGUGGGCGAUAUGAAUCUUCUGGAUUUGAUCUUAUCUCUUUUCCUCUUGGAAAAGAGCAGUAAAACAAGGUAAUUUAAAACUACCUGAACACAUCCUUCCACCUUACUGCUGGGCCCUGAAGUCGUAACCUCCUGACCUCAGGGGUUACGGGUCUAGUGCUUUUUAUCCACCCUGAUUUCCCAGUAUCUGCCCACUUCCUCCUGACAUUGGAGCCUUGUUAUAUAAGGAAAUUGGAAACACCGACCAGCUUGUCCAGCAAUCUCCUCUGGAGAUAAGGGCACUGGUGCAAGAGGGCUGGUUUUAAAUAGAAAUGAGCACCCAGGGUAUGGGGGAAGCUGAAUUGGCUUUGCAGUGCCACUUAGGAAUGCAUUUACUCAAGAAAUUACUACAUAUUUUUACACAGAUACAGUCAUUUGACUUUUUAAAGUGAAAAACAUACAUUGAGACUUACACAGCUUAAAAGAAUGCACGUAAAAAUCAGAAUAUAAAAACCAGUAUAGUUUGGAGGGGUUCUAAUUCCAUAAAGGAUUGGCAGAAGGAUUAAUAGAAGUAUUAAUAAGCUGCUUGAUUUCUUUUGUGGUUGCUUUCUCUAUUUUUUCUCUUAACUCUUGCCUUUCUUAACUGGGGUUUGGAAGAUGAGCUCAGGUACAAGGCUGUGAGUUCCAUGAGAAAUUCGGCCUUGGAGGGGAGAAGAGAACAGGGUUCCAUCAAAGCCAAGCAGUGUUGUUUCUUCUGAAGAUUUUUGCUGGACUUCUGUCCUGACAGGGGUAAUUUUCUCAGGUGCCAACUUGUUUAGUUUUGUGAAACAGAGCUCAGUAGUUGGAGUGUGGAGUGUGAAUGGGACAAGAAGCUUAAAGCAGUAGAUGGUGAUGGUGUAUCGAGUUAAAAACAGAGGCAUGCAUUGUGCUGAAACCCAAAAUUGCUCAUUAAGACAUCUGCAUUGAAGGCUCUCUGUUUACAAAAUAAUAAUUCAGAUGGACAACAAAAACUGAAGUAUAUAAAGCUGAAUAUGUGUAAGAUACAGUCUGAGGGUGGCAAUCUUAUUGCUGGAAACCCUUGGAAGUAACAGUGGUUGGACCAGCUGUGAGAAAAUUAUUGUAAAUUUGUUUCUUUACACUGUUUGAUAGAAGCAGAGAGCAAGGUGAGAGCAAAUUUAAAGUAUUUCAAGUCUAUUCCAUGAAGUGACUGGUAGGGUGUCCAGGACUGGUGACAUCCACAGGAUGUGCUUGAAUAAUUCCAAGUCCAGAAUCCAGCUCAAAUCAACUUCUCUUCCAGGGCACACAAUCCACCUUGGAAAAACCUGAGCAAGUCAGAUUGUUUCUCCCUGUAACAAACGUGGUGCUUGGAGCAGGGCGAGCAGGGAAAUGUUCCUUGAGGCUGAGCCAAGGGAAAUGCAGAGCUGGGCUGAGAACAGCAAUCAUCUCCAGCCUCUCCACGAGGAGCAGCCAGCACCUGGAACAGCAGGACUCCAUGGGAAUGUCUGAGCCCCACCAGGCCCUUUUGAAGAGUAUUUCAGGACAGUUUUAGCCUCGUUGGUCACAAAUAAACAAAUUCCAGUUCCUGGGAGAUGGGGAGGGUUGGGAUAGUCCCUAAAUAUCCUGGAGACAGGAGAGGCACAAGAAUAUCCCAGAUGAAUAUCCAAGAUUAUUCCAAAUGCAGAAGUUGGAAGGAAGGGUUGUGUGCUAAACAGAAUAAUAUCAGGCAGCAAGAGCUUUCCUCAGACAUUGUUGCUGUUAAAUAGUGCAUUUAUUGUCUGUUAAUUAAUAUCUCUGGUUCUUGGAGCACAAUUCUGAAGCACAUAAGAUGGAUUAAGGGAGGUAAAAUUUAACUUAUGUACUGGCAGUUUAAAACAUAUUGUUGAUUUAAUCUCAUUGAACUGCUCAACUGAUCCAUAGUACUGACCAAAACCUGACCAGGAAGGACCAAAGAAGAAGAAAAGAAUGAAAAAUAAACUACACAGUAGCAGACAUGCCCAAAGCUUCAUGGAAUGAGUAAAUAAGAAGAUUUCAUAAAAUGAAACAGUAAUUCCUUUCCAGAAGAUUAACCAAAUGGAAAUGUUCAACGUACAGGACUGGUUAAUUAAUAGUCAGGUCCAUCAGUUCCCUGUAGGAUUUUCCAUUUAAGAAAGUCUCUUUUCUUAAAACAGAGCAGGUGAAAUGAUUGAAGUUGCACUACUAUGGCUUAAUUAUUUUAAGUCACUCUCAGGUUUAUGUAGUACUAACCUAACCUCUGGUGUUCUCCUUUUCCUUUCCUUUAGGAUAAAUUUCCUCUUCCUAAUGUUGCAUUGAUUGUAGAGUUUGUGUUAAAUAUGAUCAUAUUCACAUAGAAACUCCUGUUUCUCUAAAUGUAGUGUCAGAAGAAUUACUGCUUUGCCGUGUGCAUAUAUAUAAUGUUGGCCUCAGUUUUUUAUUAUUUGGUGUUAACUUGGUCCUUACAAGUCUCCUAUAAAUGUAACUUCACUCCUUAAUUAGUCUUUAGCACUUCCCUGGCUGAAAUUUACCCUGUGAAUAUUUUUCCUUAGUAGUCAUCUUUGGGUUUGAAGCAGCAAAACCAGUGAAAAUAAUAACUUGAGUGUAGCUAAAAGUCAUUUCCUUCCUUCUCCUUGACACUUCAGAUGCACAGCUGCACUGGAGCCCCCUGGCAAAGGGGGGCUUUUGUGGUGGCCCAGUGGAACUCAGUGGUGGCCCACUGGUGGCUGCAGGGCUAGAAGUGCCUUUAAGGUCAGUGUGUGUUUUAUUGGCAAAGUUUAAAUCUUUAGCUGUUUACCAACCCCCAAAAACACCAAAAAAAUUGUUAAGAAUUUGGUUAGGUUGGGUUGGUGAUAAGGAAAACCCUUUUAACCACACUGUGUUUGUCCAAAAGAUGUAGAAUUUGGAUUCAGGAGUCAUUUUAACGGAAAAUUUUACUCUAUACAAAAAGUAGCAGACUGAGACCAAAAGAAAGAAUUCAUAGUGCAAAGCAGAAAGGGUAAAAGAAAAAAACUGCCCCUUUCAAAUGGAAUAUUUCUUUAUUCCUUCUUUUUCCUCCAUUAGGAAGCAGGAAAACAUUUAACUUUGUUAUUAAACUUCACUGGCUUCAUGGGGCAGUUCCUACCUAUGGUUUAACAGGCACUGAGCAAAUUAUUUCUUAUUUAAUCUCUCCCCUACCAACAGUGCUCCUUCCAACUGCAGUGUCCCUUUUCUGCCACCUAAAGGAAGGAGUAGUGCCCUAUGGGUUCUUCUCAAAAAGCAAAAAGUGUUUCCAUCACUGUGACCAACUUUUUUUCCUUCAGUCCUGAUUGUGUGGUCUCAUAACGUGGUGAAGAGAGGGACAGGACACUGAUAAAAUUCAUCAUAAACUGUCAUUUAAACCCCAGCAUUUUAACACAGAUGUCACAUAGAAGAAAUUUAGAAGGAAUUUUUUUUAAUCAUGGUUGUCCAGCAUAUAGGCCCCAGUCCAGGAGAGCACUUAGGUCCAUGCUUAACUCAAACAUGAGAGAGCUGAAGUCAAGUAUGUGCUUAAGUGUUUCCUUUGCAUUCCCUGCCAGCACCAGGACAGGCUUUGGGUCCUACGGUAGCAGGUGAGUCAUUCCAUAAAUCUCUCCAUAUUAUGGAGUGAUUGCAUGACAACUUUUCAACUCCAAAUAACCCUUCCUGGCUUUUUUGGCACCAGAUGAGUUAAACUCUUGCUGUUCGUACGGGGGUUUGUAGUGUCUGUGUUUAAAAAUGUGUGAUUUCACCUUCUGGCUGUGCCAGUUCUCAGAAUUUUCGGGGUUCUUUCUGUGUAGGAAUUUCGAGCAAGAGCUCAAAGCUCCAUCCCUGAGAUAAAAGGUCAGGCAGCAUCAAUUUACAGAGAAUUUCUUGAUGAUUUCACAGCUCAGGCUCUGUUUGGUGAAACAGAACCAGGUGUUGAAAUGAUCCAAUUGAUGAGUGUGUCAUCCUGGCACAGCUCCUCAGUUUGAAACCCUGUGGGUUUUCCUGCUUUCCAAGAGUUUGAUGUGAUUUUUAAAUGAAGUUGGGGAUGGGAAGAAUCCUGGAGGAGCGAGGAGCCGUGAGCGUCCCCGCCCUUUCCCAGCUGGGCUUUUGGCAAAGUGUCAUUCCCGCUGUUAAACACGGUGACCUUGCUGCCUAUGAUUUACUAACUGUUUUACAAACAUUUCCUCACUCUGUGAGGUUUGAUAUGUUCUCCAUCCUCAACAGCUCAACAGAGCCACUCAACCACCGAGCCAAACCUGCCUUUGUUUACAGCUUUUCCGGAAAUUUUCGCAGAGAAAAAAAACUUUCUCCUUUUCCAAUGUUUUAUUUUUAAGUCAACACUUUCUAUGGUUUAUUUGUGCAAAGCAACAUUUGGGUACAAGGUAUUGCACCGUGUCCAAGUGGGAAUUGCUGCCUUUCUAAAAAUAAAUUGGGGGUCAUGUGAACCAGUGCAGAAAAAUCUGAAGAUACCAAAUAUUACAGGACCUUUACAUUUGGUGGUUCUUUUUUCCAUAAUAUUCUGGGCCUGGAUUUUUCUGAACUUUUUUUCCCACAUUAGUUUCUAUAAUAGAGCAUAACGUAAAAUGAUGAAACACAGGAAGGAAUCUUCUUUUAAACAAAAUUAUCAGUGUUAAAAAUAACAGUCCUAUUUUCCCUCAGUGUUCAUUUUUUUUUCUUGUAAAGGCUUUAUUUAGUACCCUCACUAUUAGAUAUACCCAAAGAGUCUAGUAAUAUUUAAGUGGCAUUUUUAUUUCAUUAAAAACUUAAUUUUCCUAAAUGCUAAUUUGCCUCAUGUGCCUUGAAGUCCCACAGAUUUAAUUUCAUGUUUUGGGUAGGGAACUUGAAACUCAGGGCGCUUUGGAGAAGGAAAUCAAGCAGCUGUGCCUGGUCUUUGCACUGAAACUUAGUGCAAAUUAAAAUUAGAAUGGGAUGGGAAUGUUUUCAUUAAAUGUUUUCACAGUGGAGAUAUGUUUCAUGGAAAUGGCCUGGUUUGGAUGACAGUUUCUCAGGGUCAGGGUGGAAUUUCUAGGGAGAAAAGGAGACAAGAGUAACCUGGGCUGCCUGGGGAAGGGCACACGGGCUCCUCCUGCCCAGGUAGCCAGAUGCUCCCAGGAGUGGGAAUUCCUCUCUGAGCCCUCUUUUCCUUCUAAAUCAUACAUUUAUUUACCAUUUUUAUCAUUCCUAUCGCAAAUGCUGCUAGUUUCAGACAUGCUGGCCUACAAAAAGUCCCUUUCAGUGUUCUUCAUUCUGAAAUAUCGUUUCUCUCUGGUGUCUCAGAGUAAGGAAAUAAAAAGAGCUCUUUUAUAGGAUAUUUUUUGUAAAUUGGCCAUUGAUGGUGCAAAAGGUAAAGACAUUAAGGGCAGGUUGUGUCCUCUAUUGGGUGUACAGGUCACUCAGGACUGGGUAUUAGAUUUAAAUCUAGUUCCAAAUGAGAACUUAGUUUUCUUUUUAGUCCUGAUCAGUUUGUUCUUUAAGCUGUAUCCCACUGAAUGUAUAUUUUCAGGUCUGUCUGGAAAAUAAAUGUUUUCUUUACAUUUUGCAGGUUGGUGAAGUAAAAUUUAAAUGACCUGGAGAGGUGUUGACAUUGAACUCCUGCACAACAGGAAUGGAUAUUGUUGAAAUACCUCCUUGAUCUGGUUCUGUUUCUGUCCCGUGGCUAUAUUACAUAUAUUGCAUUUUUAAUCCUGUGAAAUACAAGUGAAUUAGAAUUCUAAAUCUUCCUUUUAAAUGCAUUAGAUUAUUAAUGCUGUUAAAGGAAAUACCCACAAAUGGAAUUAUUUCUGGAGGGUUUGUUUGCUUGUUUUAAUCAUUCAGAAUCACUCAGGCAUUCAAAGGGAAUUUUCUGUGCCAGGCUACCAAGUCAAAAUAAGAGAAAGAACCUUUGCCAAAGGAAAACAAGCUUUAGAUACUGAUGAAAAAUAUUUGAAAACACAUUUUGUCUAGAAAUUAUAAUUAUUAAUGUAAUGUCUGUUAUUUAAUGCCAGUGUUAUGAUGAAAGCUAGGAAGAAAUGGGUUUGAAUACUGAAGUAAAUUUUUAUUUAUUUCAUGCAAAUUAAAUAAAUUCAAGUAAGUGAACAUUUACUUCAGUUCCCAGCCAUAUAUGUGGGAUGGGAAAAAAGGAAAAGGAAGGGAAUAAAAGCCAUGUUGAGUGUGUUGCAGCCCCACAGAGGCACAGGCUGCAGCAGUGCCAGUCCCUGGCUGCCAGAGCAGGGCACUCCUGCAUCCCCACUGGAAAAACUGAUUCCCUCUUCAGGCUGGGUGUGAAAAAUCAAGGAAUAAGUGAGUGUCAGUGUCAGAUGCUGAGGGGUGGGUCUGUGUGCCCAGGAUGAGGAUGAGGAUGAGGAUGAGGAAGGAGCCCCGUGCUCGCCCCGUGAUCCCCAGCACUGUGAGGGACUGCAGGGCUUCCCUCCCAUCCUGGGGCUCUUGGAUAAACUCCUGCCUGUCCUCCAACCAGCAGCUAUCACUGAAUUUUAAUCUUGGAUUGUCGUUUUCCUUCUCUUUUUUUCCAGUUGUUGUGGUUAGAACAAUGAAUAUUUACUGAUGGGUUCACUGAUGUGAGCCCUCUCAGGAUUUGGUGAGUUUUUGUUGCUCUCUGAAUAUGCUUUUAAAAGAAUCUUGUGCAGUUUGGAGGCUGUGUGACCUGAUACCAGGAGAAGCAGAGUAGACAAACCAGCACCAUCCUGCUGGAUGUGCUAUAUCUGGAUUUAAAUCCAUAGUUCUGGUCAUAUCCAUCACCCCAGAAACUAAGAGAACAACCCAAGGCACGUGUUUAGCAAAAGAAAUUACUGAUUAAUGACUUCUUCUCAAAUAGAUGUCCACACAUCAAGAAAGAAAGUACAAAUCCUGACCACAGGUGUGUUUCAGAAGGAAUUUGGGAUGAAUCCUGAUGGCAGAGAGGUGCAGGAAAGAGAAAAGGAAAAGGAUCCAGUUGCUUGUCCCUUGCUACUGAGAGCACUGCAGCCAGCUCAGCACUGCUUCCACAUGCUUGUGGUUCCAGGGCAUGAUACAAGUAGUGUGGAGUGGUUUUGUUGCUAUGGGAAAAGUGCUAAAAAAGGCUGGAUAUCUUGCAGAGCUCCCAUCCUUUGGGUAUUUAAUGUACAAUUUCUGCUAAGGACACUCAGAAUUAUACCUCUGAUUCUCAAUUGCUUAAAUGUUGAAACAUAUGGUCUUGUGUGCUGUUCACUAGGAAACAACUGGCUGUUUCCAGGCUGCCAAAUUCACAUAAACUUGGGCUGUAGGAAGGGGGAAUCUGCAGCAGGAUAAAAGAGAGGGUUUUUACUGAGAAGCCAACCUGAUGCAAAGCAAAAUGCUAAUUGAACUUAGUGCCAUAUAUCGGUAACAGAUAAUUAAAUGUUAAUAGCUGAGAAGUUUUUCAAUUAAAAAUGAACUGUUUGUGUCCUCUUGAUUUCUUCAGGGGGCCAGGGCCGUGUUGCUGUCAUUUGUGGUGUUCCCUGCUACAGUAAUCAUUUUAAUAAAAUGCAAUUAUCUGCAUAAUUAAUUUCUUUGACUGCUCUGCUGUGUCCUUCUCUUGCAGAGGCCAGAAUGUCAAAGAUCAAGUAGAC